GAUAAUUACUCGACCAUGCUCAAACAUUUGAAAUAUUCAAUUCUCCUUGUCGUCUUCAACAUAUUCGGUUCUGCUCAGGCAACAAUUGAGAGAAUCGAGCUCAAUACAGGCACUUAUAUGCCUGUGCUAGGUCUUGGAACUUGGCAGAACACCAAUGAAACUGAGUUGGUAGCUGCAUUGACGACAGCGCUUGACAACGGCUACCGUCUGAUCGAUACGGCAUUUCUUUAUAACAACGAGGCUGUCAUUGGUAAAGUACUCAAGGAAUACAUCGAUAGCGGAAAAGUGAAGCGGGAGGACAUCUUCAUAACCACAAAGCUCCCCUUUACUGCACACGAUCCAAAUGAUGUGGAGGAAUGCGUGAACACCCAGCUGAAACGGCUCCAACUUGAUUACAUCGAUCUGUACCUCAUACAUUGCCCACUGCCUCUACAGAAAGCAAACGAUAGUUUCGAUGCAGCCUUGGCGAAUGGUGUGCCAAUACCCGUUACAAUCGAUCACGUGGACACAUGGCAUGCUCUAGAAAAAUUAUACGAUGCCGGAAAGCUAAAGGCUCUGGGCUUGUCAAACUUCAAUGCUUCGCAGAUACGGAAUGUGUAUGACAAGGCACGUGUGAAGCCCGCAAACUUGCAGGUCGAAUGCCAUUUGUACUGGCCACAAACGGAGCUUCACGAGCUUUGCAAGGAGCUAAACAUGUCAUUCACUGCUUAUGCACCUUUGGGAUCAAGGGGAAGGAAGGCAUCAAAUCCACAGAUGGUAUGGCCAGAGGGAGAUCCGAUGUCAGAACCAGUCGUUCAAAAGCUGGCGGCGAAGCAUAAUAAAACUGCAGCGCAAAUUAUGUUGCGUCACCUUCAUCAGCGUGGAAUGAUUGUUAUUCCAAAGACGUCCAAGCCGGAGCGUGUCAAGGAAAAUAUGGACAUCUUUGAUUUUUCGCUAAGUGAUGAAGAAAUGAAGGAAUUGAACGAUAUCAAGACAAGAAAAAGAUUUUUCCUUUUUGACAUUGCAAUCGGACAUCCUUUCUACCCAUUCGGCGAUGUUGAUCAGACGAAAUACAAAGUGGCUCCGCUUCAUCCGUAGCAGCCCUACCUGAGCGCUGGCCAUCGAGUUUAUGCCAAUUGAUGCUUACAUCUUCUAAUUUAACAUCUUUCCAAGAUACAAAACUGAUUUAGCUAUUAGUCCUCGCC